AUGGCAACCUCGCUCUCGCUUGACUCUGAAGACGAAUACGGCUACGAUCUUUCUCCCGAAGACGAGACUCUGCUGGGCCGGCUCAUCACCGACGUCGCUGCCCCCACUUCCUCAUCGUCGCAGAACCACGUCGCCACGCCCACCACCUCAGACCUAGGCAUCGACACCGUCGCCGAAGAGGAGUCUCGACUUAACGACAUCCCUACCGAUGCGCUGUCUUACCAGUCGUCCGGGUUGGCCAAGGGACCCCUGCGGCUUGGUCGCCGUCGCGGCCAGAACCCCACAGGUGCCCCCCCGUCGUCACCUGGCGAUGCCGUCGUCUGCUACCCGGAUCUGAGCAAGGCCCUUGCCAGCAAUGACCGCCUUCCUUCACCACCCCAACAGGCAGCAGAGUGGGCCGCUCCCGAGGUUCAGACAGCCAACGACACGCGAUCGCCGCUUGUGCGUUUUCGCUCCUUUCCUCGAAAGCCUUUGACGGUCACCGACUUGACUUCCAGUGCCUGGUGUGAGCUACAGUACUUCUACACGCUUACCCGGUUGCCGCACGGCCGGAAGACACGGACAGCAGCCAUGAAGCAGGGAACUAAGGUGCACCAGGACCUUGAGGACCAAGUGCAUACCAUCGUCCGCGUCGAGAUCGCGAGCAAGGAAGACGGCUUCGGCUUGCGGAUAUGGAAUCUGAUACAAGGAUUGCGGACGUUGCGAGACACGGGCAUGACCCGCGAGCUCGAGGUCUGGGGCUUUGUCGACGGGAACCUCGUCAACGGCGUCAUUGACGGCCUGAGCUUCGAGAAUCCUGACCCGGAGUUCACGGAGCAGCUGAGCCAGGGGACAGAACCCCAGCGCCAGUCAAGCAUCACGGCCUACUUCCCUUCAAACAAGCCGGCGAACGUGCCCCAGGUAUACUUGACGGACGUGAAAACGCGGGGUUCGAUGAAGGCACCGAACAGCCCGGCGCUGCUGCGGCCUGCAAAAGUCCAGCUCUUUCUUUACCAGCGGUUCUUGUCGGAAAUGGCGGCGGACAAGCUGGACUACCUCCGCAUUUUCCGCCGGUACGGGCUUGACCCCGACGCGCCUUUCUCGGACUCUUUCAUUGCCCAGAUUGGCAGCUUGCACGACGAGCUGUUCGACGUCGACAUGUCUCCAGACGGCGACUACAUCCCGCCGUCAUCAGCCUCGACGAACGGCGAGACCAAAUUUUUCGAGGAGUCAUCAACCCAGACGCGCGCCUCUACGCCAGACUUUGUCAAGUACAGGACCCUGCGCGAGCUGCUACCGCUCCUGAAAGCUGAAUUGAGGGACACGCUUCCACAUGGCGCCCACUCUGUCGGGCGUUUGCUUGCCGUCGAGUACAGGUACCGGGGCGACGGCUCGCUUAUCGACAGCCUAGUCUUUCCCAUGGACGAACGCGCACUAGAUCUCUAUCUGGGCAGCACGAUGGAGUGGUGGCGAGCGGACCGGGAGCCGCGUGGGGUGCAGAUCGAGGAGGCGUACAAGUGCCGGAUGUGCGAAUUCGCUGGCGACUGCACCUGGCGGUCGGCCAUGGACGAGGAGAGACUGCAGAGCACGCGGCAGCGGCUUGCAAGUCGCAAGAAGCAUGUUGCAAAUGGCUAG